GGGACUGUAAAACGUUUGGGAACCACUGACCUAACGCAUACAAUAUGUCAGUUUCUAGUAUAUUAGAUAGAAUAUUGUAAUAUUGUAGAGCAACUGUAUAGCUUUGGACCAAUCAACUCAAUGAUACACAUUAGACUGCACAAACUGCACAAAAGUUCACUUUAUGACAUUAUGCACUUCCCAAGGAAUCAGAGUCUGCCCUCUGUUCUCCUCUUCAGCUCCAUCUGGCAUCAGGGGCCUGAAUCUCUCUACGUCCUCCAGCAACAUCAGUGUGUCCUGGCAGCCCGGUCCUGGCCGGACAGAGCACUUCUGGGUGCUGCUGAUGGAGCAGGAGAGCCUGGUGCAGAAUGUCACUGUGGGGAGUGGGGUGACCUCACAUAGCUUCACUGGUGUGACCCCAGGAACUCUGCACACAGUAGCGGUGGCGGCGGAGUCUAUGGGCAUCCAAAGCAGUCCAGUGGCCAAGGACGUGUACACAGCACCUGCCACUGUGUCAAACCUGAGGCUCCAGAAUAACGGCAGCCAGGACAGCCUAAGAGCCGCCUGGGAGUCAGCGCCAGGGAACGGGGAAUCCUACACGGUCACCCUGUCCAGCGGCGGCAUAGUGAAACAAAUACCUAACGUCUCUUUCACCAACACUGAUUGGCUUUUCACUGGACUGAUCCCUGGGAAGACCUAUGAUGUGUCAGUCAAAACCCAGGGCAGAAAGUUGACCAGUGAGAUCAAAGCCAGUGGCCAAACAGUGCCAGGCAAGGCUACUCAGCUGGUUAUGCAGAGGCCCAGUGAUCAGAGAAGCCUGAGGCUGUCAUGGGCGCCCCCUAGAGGCGAAUGGGAACGCUAUCGCAUCCUGCUGCUCAACGGCUCGUCUGUGCUGGUGAACAGGACCGAGGGGAAGGCUGUGCGGCAGUGUGUGUUCCCUAACCUCACCCCAGGCAGGCUCUACAGAGCUGCGGUCGCUGUGGAGAGUGGCCUCCUGUCCUCUACUGCAUUCACAGAAGGGAGACUGGCACCAAGGUCUGUUCAGAAGCUGACCAUCCACCACAGUGAUGAGACGUCCUUGGGGGCUCGGUGGAGCCCUCCUGUGGGAGAGUGGGAGAACUACACUGUGCUGCUGAAGCUCCAGGGCUCUGAGGUGACCAGGCGAACACUACAGGCUGCUAUGACAGAGUGCACCUUCAGUGGGCUGACACCUGGAAGACGAUACGCCAUUGUGGUGAUAACCAAGAGUGGAGAGCUAAGCAGCACUGCAUCGGUGACAGGACAAACCAUGCCCGCUGAGGUAACCAGCCUGCAGGUGAGCAGCGAGGGCAGCACAGACAGCCUUCUGACCAGCUGGGAGCGUGCGGCAGGAGAGAUCGACUCGUACCGAGUGCUCCUCAUCCACGACAGCAUCGUCAUCAAGAACGAGAGCGUGCCUGCAGACACCUCAUCCUACCACUUCCAGACCCUCAAGCCUGGCGCCCUCUACAGGGUGGUGGUGACUACUGUCAGGAAUGGCCAGUCCUCCAGACAGAAAGUUGCAGAAGGGCGCACAGUGCCUGCUGCUGUUCAGGAGGUUACGGUCAGCAACAAUGGCCGAACUGACUUCCUCAGCGUUUCCUGGUCUCCAUCGCAAGGGGAGGUGGAUAGCUACCUCGUCGCCUUGAAGGACCGAGACAGGACCAUCCACUCUGCUGUGGUGUCCAAGUCUAGUCCUGAAUGUGUCUUCAAGUCGCUGGUGCCUGGACGUCUCUACAACAUCUCCAUCACCUCACGCAGUGGCAAAUAUGAGAAUCACACCAUGGUGCAGGAACGCACACAGCCCUCCAGUGUGCAGAUGCCCUCUGCCAUCCACGGUGCCCGUGACGACUACCUGAGAGUAUACUGGGGCCAUGCGGCUGGGGACUUUGACUUUUACCAGGUGGGCAUCAAGCACAACAACAACCUCAUCCAGAACAGGACCGUGCCCAGGAUCCAGAACGAGUGUAUUUUCACUGGGUUGGAGCCGGGCCGCCUCUACACCGUGAUCGUCAGCACCUGGAGCGGAAAAUAUGUGUCCAGUGCAUCCACAGAUGGGAGGACAUUCCCUGCGGUGGUGAGGUCUCUGACUCUAGCCGGCCAAGGCACCGAGGAGCUGCGCGUGACCUGGGCCUCGGCCCUCGGUGACGUGGACCACUACGAGGUGCAACUGCUCUUCAACGACAUCAAGGUGUUCCCCCCCCUCACGCUCAGCAGCACCACAGCCGAGUGCCCCCUCUCCUCCCUCACACCGGGCCGCCUCUACAAGGUCGUGGUGUCCACCUUCAGCGGCCCCAACCAGAAAGCCAAGUUCAUCGAAGGCAGGACAGUGCCCAGUAAGGUGAAGAGCAUUCACAUCAGUAACGAGGGCCAGAGCACCAGCCUUAAAAUCAACUGGACCCCCGGCCAGGGUGAUGUGGACAGCUACAACGUGUCGCUGUGGGGCCCCGGCCGGCCGACAGACACCAGGCACCUGCCCAAGCACGUCAACCAGCUCAGCUUCCAGGACCUGCAGCCGGGCCAGAAGUACUCCAUCACCGUCCAGUCUAUCAGCGGUUCUCUGCUCAAUAACAACACAGCCACCGGACGCACCAUCCCCUCCUCUGUUACAGCCUUACAGGUGGAUAAUAAGCACACCACCGGUAGCUUGCUGGUGUCGUGGCAGGCGGGGCGGGGAGUGUUUGACGGCUACAGCCUGCAGCUGCUGGACGAGAGGGGGUCGCUGGUCACCAACAGCUCCGAAGACGCCAGCUCCACCCAGCACCGCUUCGGCCGCCUCACCCCGGGGAAGAAGUACCGCGUCCUGGUCCACACCCUCAGCGGCGGCAUCCUCAGCACGGGCAUCUCUGCUGAGGGAAGAACCCGUCCUUCGGCUGUCAACGAUAUCCUCAUCAAGGCCAAUAGCACCAGCAGCCUGUCCUUCCGUUGGUCUCCACCAGAGGGCGAGUUUGAUGGCUAUGACAUCUACCUGUACAGCAGUGAUGAGGUCCUACAUGACCGCAAGAACGCAGAGGCCAAGACGCUUGAGUGCUCCUUCCAAAACCUCAGUCCUGGGGCACUGUACAAGAUGGUGGUCCUGACCAGGAGUGGAGACCAGAAAAAUGAUUCCUCUAUCUGGGCCAGGACGGUCCCUGCUGCGGUGACAGCCCUGCAGGCGGCCAGCGGGAACCAGACCCAGGGCCUGUGGUUGGGCUGGGACCGAGCUGCCGGUGAGCUCAGUGGCUACGUGCUGUCCAUCUACAACCCCGACGGCUCCCAGCAUGCCGAGCAGCAGCUGGAGCCCGAAAGCCACGAGCACACCUUCCAGGAGCUGGUGCCUGGGCGCCUGUACGCCGUCGUCAUGCUGACCCGCAGCGGAGAGCUCACCAACCGGGUGUCCACAGAGGGCAGGACAGCGCCCAUGAGUCCAACAUCCUUUACCUUUGGAGGCAUCACCAACACCUCACUGGAGAUCACCUGGAGUGGCCCAGUCAACACCGACUACGAUGACUUUGACCUGCAGUGGACUCCCAAGGACCAGCUGUCCGUAUUCAACCCCUACCACACGCGCACCUCUGGCAGCCGCAUCCUGAAGGGGCUGUACCCCGGCCGCCUGUACACCUUUAACCUGCGCACUGUCAGUGGGUCUGGGGCGGAACAAACCACCUACAGUGCAGCUAUCUACAAGAGCAUCAGAACCAAGCCUCAGCGGAUCCAGAGCCUGCACUGUCGGCCCCAGAGCUCCACGGCCAUCUCCUGCUCCUGGAGCCCUCCGGAGGCCGACUUCGACUCCUACACCAUCGAGUGCCUGCGGCAGGACUCCCGGCGCCUGGUCUACUCCCGCCGCACCGGCCGCGACAGCACCGUCUACCACAUCGUCCAGCUGGAGCCGCACAGGCGCUACAUCGUCUCCAUCAAAGCCGUCUCAGACAGCAUGACCAGCGAGGCGGCUGAGGAGAGCGUGGUCACCAUGAUCGACCGGCCACCUGUUCCUCCACUAACCACUCGGGUCAGCGAGAGGUCAGACCACAUCACAAAGUCCACCAUCUUCUUCAAGUUUAACUGCAGCUGGUUCAGUGACGUAAAUGGAGCUGUGAAGGUCUUCACGGUCGUUGUGACCGAGUCUGAUGACAAUGAAAACGUGCAGCCUUGGCAGCAGCAUCCUCUGCCCUCUUACAAAGAGUACAGAUUCAACAGCUCUGUGAAGACCUACCAGACCAGCUACUUCCCCAGCCACUGUGUGGAGGGCCCUGACAGCUCCCAGGGUUUCGAGAUCAACCUGGGCUCAGGAAUGCAGAACCUCGGUGGGAGCUGCUCCCCGGAGCAGGAUCCAAGCGUCUUCUGUGACGGACCACUCAAACCAAAGACUGCAUACAGGGUCAGUGUGCGUGCCUUCACUCAGCUCUUUGAUGUGGAGUUCUCCCCUCCACUCUACACAGACACGUAUCUGUCCCUGCCAUUUGUGACCGAAGCAGAGCCUCUCAGUGGGGUUAUUGAGGGUGUGAGUGCUGGAUUGUUCCUCAUUGCCACUAUGGUCGGAGUGGCUGCCCUGCUCAUAUGCCGGCAGAAGGCCCGCAAAGUGAGCGUGCAAGAGCCCGUGGUGAGGAUGAGCAUCAGGAGAGAGCGGCCAGCCCCUGGGACACAUGUGGUCAACCGAGGGAAUCGACGUAUUUCAAGCCCCAUCAAAGUUUUGAACUUUGAGACCCAUCUUACCAAGUUACAAGCAGACUCCAAUUACCUCCUCUCAGAAGAAUUUGAGGAUCUGAAAGAUGUUGGCCGCAAUCAGCCAAUGGACACAGCCUUACUGCCUGAAAACAGAGGGAAAAACAGAUACAACAACAUACUACCCUAUGACUCAACAAGGGUGAAGCUCUCCUAUGUGGACGAUGACCCGUGUUCUGACUACAUCAAUGCCAGCUACAUUCCUGGCAAUAACUUCAGACGUGAGUAUAUCGCCACCCAGGGACCGCUGCCUGGCACAAAGGAUGACUUCUGGAAGAUGGUGUGGGAACAUAAUGUACACAAUGUUGUCAUGGUGACACAAUGUGUUGAGAAAGGAAGGGUCAAGUGUGAUCAUUAUUGGCCUUUUGACCAGGAUCCUCUUUAUUAUGGAGAUCUUAUUGUUCAGAUGUUGUCAGAAUCAGUUCUUCCUGAAUGGACAAUCCGAGAGUUUAAGAUAUGCAGCGAGGACCAGUUGAACUUCACCAGGGUGGUCCGUCAGUUUCACUACACUGUCUGGCCAGACCACGGCGUCCCUGAAACCACGCAGUCCCUCAUUCAGUUUGUGAGAACGGUCCGAGACUACAUCAACAGAACCCCUGGCUCCGGGGCCACAGUGGUCCACUGCAGUGCUGGGGUUGGCCGCACUGGAACCUUCAUCACCCUGGACAGGCUUCUUCAGCAGCUGGACUCCAGAGACUGUGUGGACCUCUACGGGUCAGUGUUUGACCUGAGGGUUCACCGCUCUCACAUGGUGCAGACGGAGUGUCAGUAUGCAUACCUCCACCAGUGUGUGCGGGAUGUGCUUCGGGCUCGUAAGCUGAGGAACGAACAGGAGAACCCUCUGUACCCCAUCUAUGAGAAUGUGAACCCCGACUACCACCGAGAUAAGGUGUCCACCAGACGCUAAGGAUUGUAUAGACUACUGAGAAGGAGGGAGAGAAGGCAAAUCCCAUGCAAAUACUUAAUAUGCAAAGCACUAAAAAAGCUAUCAAUUCUAUUUUUAUACUAUGUGUAUGAUUUUUGUAAUCAGUAUUAAUUAUGAAAGCAAUUUAUUGAUAUUUAAGUGUAAAAGAUCUUUGUAUAUACUUGUUUUCCUUAAAUGUAUAUACAAAUGUACAAGUUCCUAUUGCACAACAUAUUGGUGAUACCUUGGGAGUCAUUUCUUGUAGAGACUUUUAUACUGUUUAAAGAAAAAACUUUUCCAGUUGAAUACAUUAGAAUAAUCUUCUAAUAAUGACAGAUGGUUUAAACUGCUAUGGAAAGGAUUUUGCUGUCUAUCCUUAAAUUACAGAUUGUGAUGUGGAGCUUUGAAUUUGAGAACUAAACCAUCAUUUUUAACUGUCAAUUGAGUGUCCUACCAAUGUCCAUUAUUUUAUCCCGAGGAUAGUGAUGGGAUAUCAUUUAUCGUAUCUCAUUUCAGUUAUUCAGGGUUUAUUCAGGGAUUUAUUUGGCAAUUUUGAUGAAAGAAGUGAACUUCUGACGAUCUAAAGUUUAGUGUUAUUUGAGAACUUGGCGGAGGAGAGAUCAGAGCCAUAUGAUUGUAUUUUACACUGUUGUUGUUUAUCAACUAAUUAUUGACUUUUUGGUAAAUAAUCUCUUUAUAUCUUCUACGCAUGUAUUUAUAUUUAUAUUAUUAGGUUACAUCACCUGGCUAGACUGAUGCCAAUUCAUUGAAUAGAAAGGAACAUAGACAUUUUCCAUUCAUUUGUCAUUACAGGCUAUGUAAAUAUUGCACACGACACUGAAGAUGUUUUGCAUCGAAUAGUAAUACCAACAGUGUUAUCCUGUAGUUACUGAGAAUGUAUUUUUAUUAUUAAUAAACCUGUGUUCUUUACAUGACUUUUAGGAUGCCAUCGUACCACAUAUGAGCAGUUCCUUUGGACAGGACCCUAUAGCAAGAGUUUCCUUUGGCAUUUGUAAGAUGAUAAAGAAUGAUUGUGCAUCACAGCCAAAUUGUUUCACCAAAUAAAUAUGGUGUUUGGGA